AGGCACUGAAAAAUUUCCUCUACUUCAACGAAUAUUACAUGAAAGAAGUUUUAUUAAUUUAACGAUGUAUUGGCAUGUUACUUGGAAGAUUCUCGUUCCAAAUUUAAAUUUCGAAAUAAACAAGAAAAAUGAUUAUUGUAGAUAUUCUAAAUUUGAAUUACUAUUAUUAAUACUAAUUUCCCGAAGGGCUGAACCGAAAUUUUACUGAUAACUGAAAUUUCUCCAUUUUUGCUUGAAACUGCAAGCUUCAUGGACUCCCUACAGAACGGGAGUACUGUUUUCUGAUGAAGCUAGUAUCUGUUGAGAGACGAUACCGACGCCGGCGUGUUCCAAAGACUGCGGGAAAUCUAUACGGAACUUUCAUAGAAAUCACUCAAUAUUGGCGGAAGGCCGGAGGCUCCGUUAUGUUUUUGCCAGCAAUUAAUUCAUCGGAGCGUAGAGCAGUGACUGCUCUUGAGGAAUAUUCCAUUUUUAAGGACGGUCAGAAGGUUUCAUGUGAUUGGGCAUGAGGUCACAUUCGUUGUGACGCUUUUACAUUUGUAAUUUUAUUUAAUUAAAAAAGAAAGAAAAUCUGUCUUUUAUGCCUGCCACUUCUUGUUUGGCCGUGUACAGCGUUUAAACUAUUCAUAAAAACAUGCCAGAAUUCACUUCACGCGUAUUGAUUUACAUUUUACACUAUUAUAAGUAGAGUACGUGUACGUCCGACAAACGAAAUUACUGAAAUCGACCUUACAACGUAAAUUUCCUAAGGUACCUAUUUUUUCGCAACAGAGAAUUAUGGGUCAAAUUGUAUUGAAUGAACUGCGAAUUUAUAUCUAUUUUAAUUUUUUUAUCGAAGAUGGUAGUUCAAGAAAAUUACGUUAGAUGUCGCUAAACAAACAGUGUUGAAAUAAUUCGUUUGCCGUUUUGAUGCCAUAAAAUAGUUUUUACAAUCGCAAUAUCAUGUAUUAUUAAAGAAGUAAUAAAACUAUAAAUUCCGUUACCUUAUGUCGAAAGAAACAAUAAUAACAAAUCGAAAUGUUUUUUAAAAUUUUUCUUUAUAACUUUUUAUCAGCUACAUGCUUUUGUGUUAAAGUGGACAUGCAAGCAAGUGUAAGUCUUGGUAAAGAUGUUAUACAGACAAUAAGUAAAUUUUUAGGGGAUGGCUUCCUUCCGUUUAAUUCCAGACGAUCCUUAACACCUAUGCAAGAGGACAAGAUCACAGAAAUGGUUAAAAUGUCGUUACUAUGCCGCGAUUUAGGCUUUUGUCAAGGUGAACUUCGAAAAUUUAUUGAUGAAUUUGUAAUAAUGCAAGCAAAAGGCAUUGAGAACAUACUUACCACAUUGUUACCUAAAAGUUUUAAUGGCGACAUCUAUGAUCAGCAGUUAAAACAUAUCUUAGGAAAAGUGAGAUUUAUUUUAAAAGAAGAAAGCGUAUCUGAAAAAGACGAAAUUAACAUUUGGUUUGAUAUUGUAAAGAAAAUAAGCGGUAAAUUUCAAGAAAUGGCACUGCAAUGCCUUGCACAAUUAAGUAACAGUGCGUAUGAUGUAGAUAAAUCAAUCUAUCAAAAAUUAAUCUUGGCAACUGUUAUUAUCGAAAUGAAGUACUUAUUAAAAUUAUGUGCUAUCCACAACAUUUGUGUUAAAACAUACGAGUGCACCACUAGUUUAAAUUCUUUAUUAGAUCAUUUAAAAACUAUGAAAGACGAAAAGGCCAGGCUUUUUAUCAAGUACGUCUACGAAGCAUUAUAUAAAACACAAUUUUAUAGUUCUUUAACCGAAACGACAGCUCAUGAAUUCCAAGUUAUUCUAAGUGACAUGGCAUAUUCAAGUAACGUACCAACUCAAGAAAUAUUAUCUGUGGUACACAAAAUAGUUGGAGCCCGCGUAAAGUUUGUCACAGAUAAUACAGACGACAAACUGUCUCUUGAUAGUCUAUUACUUCAUGAAAUUUUAUCAGACUUAGAUAAUAUUUAUAGUGGUAAAUCCAAUCCGUUUGCUGAGUUUUUAAAUCAAUUUUUUAUAUGGAUUUAUCGGGAUGACGACUUUAACCUAAGUAAGCAUAUACAGGAACUUUUGACAGAAAUUGGUAAGGACCUGUCAAACACGCCGAGAGAAUUAUUUGACAAGUUAUCGCGCGAAGUUAGAUUAUUUUUGGAGAUGACUGUUGACCCGGAAUAAAUAAAAUAAUAAUUAUAGAUAAGUACACGUAGUUAUUGCAUACUAAUUACAAAUGGCAGUCUUCAAUAUACAAUUUUAAAAUGUUAAUGUGCCUACAUUUUAUUUGUCUUUAUUUAAAACUUACUUUGAAUAAAAACUUCAUCUUUCAUUAAUAAAAUUUAAUUUGUUAGAGUACAUUGCAUACAAGAGAAAGUGCAGCUAGGAUUAUUAAAUGAAAACUACUUUACAGAAAAUUACCUCACCUCACUAUUCAACACGUAGUAAUUAAAAAAACUAAUUUCUAUUACCUAAAUACAAUAAUCUAUAUGGGAAAAGAACCAUUAGACUAUCUUAUUCCAAAUUUAAUAAACUCACUACCAGCUGCACUUCUUACUAAUAUUACAAGAAACAAUAUUAAAUUUAAAUUAAGAAGUUAUUACAUGAAUCAAACAAUUGUAAAUUAUGCAUAACAAACAUUAUACUAAUCAGACAGCAUCUUCAUUUAAUUCUUAUUCGAAUAUAGGAAUAGGUACACCUGUAUUCGAAUGAGAAUUCUCGUCAAG